AUGGCGUCGCUGCCGGCGCUCACCGAGUUCUCGGACGGCGGCGUGGCCUCGUCCGUCAUCACGUGCGGCACGCUCAUCAUCCUGAUCGCGCUGCUGGGCUGCUGCGGCGCCCAGUGGGAGAGCAAGGUGUUCCUCUUCCCGUACGCCAUCCUUGUGCUGGUCUCGGUGAUCGCGCAGCUGUCGCUGGCCGGCUUCCUGACCCACGUGCACAGCUCGCUCGUGGAGGUGGCCAAGCACAACUUCGACCUGUCGGUGCUGGCGCCCGCGGACCAGGACACGCUGCGCUGGAUCAACAAGAGGUUCAAGUACGUGUACUACGGCUGCGGCUUCGACGUGGACAUCGACCUCACGGGCACGCGCAGCCGGCCGCUCAUCGCGUCGUGCUCCAACCCGGAGUUCGCGUGGUUCGCGCUUUUCGUGGAGGAGAACUGCCCCAUCGGACACAAGCAGCUGCAGGCCGGCAGCAACUUCCUCAAGUGCGCGGGCCCCAGCUUCUCGCUCAGCAACGCCAUGACCGAGCACACGAUGCUCUGCGCGUGCGAGACGCGCAUGAUCUCGUGGGUCAACGACCAGUCGCUGCUCGUGGCGGUCUUCGUCUUCGUCAUCGUGGCGCUCGAGAUCAUGCUCGUGGCGCUGUCGUGCUACAUCAUCCACUCGCGCCGCCACCGCCGCUACGGCUACCAGGAGAUCACUAUGCCCGUGCGGCAGCAGCCGUACAAUCCGCACCCGCGGAACUACUUCGGCCAGCAGGCCAGUCAGCGCCAGCCCCUCAACUCGCAGCCGGCGUACACGUCGUACGGACCGCCAGGGGGAGAGAACCCCUACGCGGCAGCGGCCACAGGCGGCAAAGCCAAGAAGACUGCCGGCUACUAG